ACAAAUCAUGUUCGAAAAAAGCCUAUUCAAACUAUUCGAACAGCAUGUUCCCGUUACCGGUUCAACUAAAAAAAAAAGCGCGACCACGAGGAUCCAUGUUGAAUAAUUUUCUAAGCAGUUUUUUCUUUAAUUUUUCCUUUAUUUUCCGCGAAAAUAUACCAAAAAAUACAUCUGUGUGGUGUAGCAACGUUUUCCUAGUGAUUCAUUGACUGGACAUAUGAAAUAUGUCGCUGUACAAUCUUUUGCUUCCACUUUCAAAGUUCUGGAAGCCGAAGAACAUAAGAAUUUCCAACAAUGUCUUUAGUCUUCAUGGGAAAUUCACCGUGGGAUUGCUAGUGAUCUCUUCUCUGAUUGUUUCAGUCAAAGAAUACUUUGGAAAUCCGAUCACCUGUAUGGUCGAAAGUAAUCAGAAGAAAGACUACGCUGAAUAUUAUUGCUGGCUGCACGGUACCUACAUUCUGAAGAGAUACCUCAAUGGAACAAUUGGCCAGAGAGUAGCUGCCCUGGGAGUUGGUGAGGCAUUUGGAGCUGAAACUGAUAGUGAUCGUAUCUAUCAGAGAUAUUAUCAAUGGAUCACCUUUGUUCUCUUGCUAUUGGCUGUGUUGCUUCACAUCCCGACCUUCCUGUGGAAACUGUGGGAAGGUGGACGUAUGAAGACUGUCUGCAAGGAUUUUGGAUCACCAAUGGUGUCACCAAACUGGAAUGGAGUUGAGAGCAUCCGUAUUGUGAAGUAUUUACGUCAGAGGAACUACAAAACUCUCCAUCGAGUUUAUGCAUAUCGGUUCCUCUUCUGCGAGAUUCUCAAUUUUAUCACUGUGAUUGGCACAAUUUGGAUACUUGGUUUGAUAUUUGAAGAUUUUUGGAUUGAAUAUGGGAAGGCUGUAAAAGCAAUGCUUUCUAUGGAUACAACUGCUUGGGCCACUAGUACUUCGCGUAUGUUCCCAAAGCUGGCUAAAUGCGUUUACCAUACCUUUGGAUCAUCUGGAACUGUGCAAAAGUUCGAUGCCCUCUGCUUGCUGUCCCUUAACAUUAUAAAUGAGAAGAUUUUUGCAAUUUUGUGGCUAUGGGUGGUCUUUCUCUUCAUCACUAGUGCCAUAAAUAUUUUCUACAAAAUAGCGAUUUUCUUCUGUACACAGAUUCGCAUGAGAAUACUCUAUUCUCAGUCCUGUGGAGAGAAGUACGGUGCAAUUCGACUCAUCACCAACAAUGGAGACUUUGGACAAUGGUUUUUCCUUUAUCAGAUGAGUCGCAACAUCAAUCCGGUGAUUUUUCAUGAAAUCCUCCGCGAUUUGAUUAAAUACGAUCAAGAGAAUGUAUUGUACGAGAAGAAUCAUGAUGAUACGGAGGAGACCAUAUAACGUCUUUUCGAUUAAAACGCUUUCGUUUCCAAAUUGCAAUAAUCUGACCGUUGUACAUACAGUGAUACUUAUAUUAAUUUGUCAAGUAUUAUAGGAAAUACAUUCCAAUGAGAUUUAUUCUAAAAGUGAUAAUUGAAGUGUUCAAAAGAAUUACUGAUGUGCCUUAUUUAGGGAAUUAAGUAAUUACAAUACUUAUACUUUUGAUAAAAAAAAGUGUCUUAGAUUUAAAAAAAUAAUAUAUUUGCAGGAAAUUCAUGUGAAGUUAAUAUUAUUUGUACUGAAAUAUUGAAUAUUGUUAUUAAUUCAUGAAGUGAAAUAAAAUAAAUUGAACUAUA